AUGGCCAUGGUGAGGACCCACAGGAACAGACAUGCCCCCAGGAUGGGGUUUGCAGAUUUGACUUUGAAGUCGGCCAGCAAGGAGCCACUGGCGCUGAUGAAACAUGGCAUUUGCUUCAACAUCCCCAUGAAGAUGGACCAAGAUUCCAGGCUCAGGGUAACAAGAAGGGCCUUUUUCCUGCAGGGUGAGGCCGGGAUCUCAGCCAACACCUGUCUGCUCUGUCUCCGCCUGGCCGCCAUCCUCAGGGGCCACAAACCCAGGCUCAGGGACCUCCCCAUCACCCACCUGGCUCUGACACACAUCGUCCUACUCCUCAUUGUGGCCCUUUUGGUAUCUACAGACAUCUGGGUAGUGCAAGACAUUCUGAGUGACGUCAAAUGCAAAAUGCUGGUAUUCCUGCACAAGGUCAUGAGGGGACUGUCCCUCGGCACCACCUGUGUCCUGAGUGUGCUCCAGGCCCUCACCAUCAGCGCCAGUGGCUCCUUGCUGGCCGACUUCAAAGUCAAAUCUGCAAACCCCAUCCUGGGGGCAUGUCUGUUCCUGUGGGUCCUCACCAUGGCCAUUACCAGCGACCAGCUGCUCUGCAUGGUGGCCACCCCCAAUGUGACACAGCCUGGUCUUCUCUUUGUCAACAGCCACUGCUCUUUCCUGCUGAGACAUCAGCAGCGCUUCCUGUCCCUUCACGACUUUAGGCUGGCCCCCCAGACCUCCCCUGAUCACAGAGCCACUCCCAGUGACCUGCAACUGCUCGACUGCUUUGCCACCCUGUACUGUGCAGACUCUGCACUCUCUCUGCUCAUCAGCGGGAUGAGGAGAAAUGUCCCCAUGCUCUGGAGCAUCCACAAUACAGUGACCAGCGGUUAUGGCAUGCUCAGUCCCCUGGUACUGCUCAGGGUGGACACGCAAAUCCUGAACAAUAAAGGAGCCCAGUGA